AUGUCCUUUCUACACAAGAUUAUGAAUAAAGCGACUAGGCAGAAUAGUCAAAGUAGUAGCAGUAGUAGCACUAUGACACAGGAUUCAAAACAUCAACGGCGGUCUUUCUUUGGAUUUGGUGGUACAACACAAGAGGAUGAUAAAAAACCUAAAAUGGAACAAGUACCACAAAACUAUUUAAAUUAUGAUCGACAAAUACUACAACAACGCAAGAAUAAACCUCAAUUAAAAUUAGAUGAUUUUAAGCUAUCGAGAACAUUAGGAACAGGCUCAUUUGGUAGAGUUCAUUUGGCACAAUCAAAACAUAAUAAUAGGUAUUACGCCAUCAAAGUUCUUAAAAAGUCUGAAGUUGUACGAUUAAAGCAAGUUGAGCACACAAAUAAUGAAAAACAUAUUCUCGAAACAACUGCAAAUCCAUUCAUGGUGAACCUCUGGGGCACAUUUCAAGAUGAUAUCUAUCUUUACAUGGUCAUGGAUUACGUGCCAGGUGGAGAAUUAUUUAGUAUUCUAAGGAAAAAUAAGCGAUUCCCAGAUCACGUAGCCAGAUUUUAUGCAGCAGAGGUUGUCUUGGUUAUCGAAUACCUUCAUUCCAAAAAGAUCAUCUACCGUGAUUUGAAGCCAGAGAAUGUAUUGAUUGAUGUGAAUGGACACAUAAAAAUUACAGAUUUUGGAUUUGCAAAGUAUGUAUCUGAUAUUACAUGGACACUUUGUGGAACACCAGAUUAUUUGGCACCAGAAGUGAUUCAAUCCAAAGGAUAUGGUCCAGCUGUCGAUUGGUGGAGUUUGGGUAUUUUGAUAUUUGAAAUGUUGGCAGGAUAUCCACCAUUUUAUGAUGAUGAUCAUCUCAAGCUCUAUGAAAAAAUCAUUCAAGGGAGAAUUAAAUGGCCGGCCUAUUUUGAUCCUCAUGCAAGAGAUUUACUCAAACGAUUACUCACAGGUGAUCUCAGUAGACGAUUCGGAAACCUAAAGGCAGGCGCACAGGAUAUCAAGGAUCAUAGAUGGUUCAGCGACAUUGAUUUUGUCAAACUAGCCAACAAACAAGUGAAGCCACCUUAUGUACCAAAUAUAAAAGGAGAAGGAGAUUGUUCACAUUUUGAUAAAUAUCCAGAAACAAACGAGAUAUACGGCGCAAAUGGACCAGAUCCUUAUAGAGAAAGAUUUCUUACUUUUUAAUAGAUGUACAUACAUAUUCCUUUAAAAGGAUUGAACAGAGACAAGUCCUAUAUUUAAUCUACUUUUUGCUUCCCCCUAUUCUUUUUUUUUUCUGUAUUAAAUUAAUUAAAAAGUUGACGUUUUUCUUAAAGAGUAGAUUUUAGCACAAUUGGAAUAUUAGUCAGGAGACGUUGCUAGGUGACCAAAUUGAUUGUGCGACACAGCCAUUGGAGGGGGGGUGAGAGUAG